UUCAUCUUUGCAGAAAAGCAUUGGGUAUCAGACAAAAGGCUGUUGGUGACCCCACAGUGGAGCUGGCGAUCCGCCUCCAUAACAGAACCUUCUUAACUUGGCAACUUUAGAACUGAGCUGACUGUUGCAUCACCUAUUGUUCUGAAGUAGGACAGGGGUUCUCUUGGAUCCAAGGUGGCUGAACCUCUCUUUGCAAGAAGCCACUUUGCACCCGUAUUUCUGAGCUUGGGCAAGCACAGAACGAUGGUCACAAUUGAGUCGGAAUCGGACUUCUACGACGUUUUUGAGAUCCUGGGAAAGGGCACAUUUGGGGAAGUGGUGAAAAGCUGGAAGCGUAGCACAGGGGAGAUGGUGGCCAUAAAAAUCCUGAAGAAUGACUCCUACCGGAGCAGGAUCAUCAAGAACGAGCUGAAGCUGCUACAGACCAUGUCAGAAGUGGACUCAGAGGAGUCUCACAUUGUCCAGUUCCACGAGUUCUUCCAUGAUGAGUUGAAGUUCUACCUGGUGUUUGAGUUGUUGGAGCAAAACCUCUUUGACUUCCAAAAAGAGCACAACUUCUCCCCUUUGCCGGUCCGGCACAUUCGCACAGUGACCAUGCAAGUGCUGAGAGCCCUGGCCAAGCUGAAAGAGCUUUCCAUCAUCCAUGCAGACCUGAAGCCUGAGAACAUCAUGCUGGUUGACCAGGUGAGAUACCCUUUCCAAGUCAAGGUGAUUGACUUUGGUUCAGCCAGCAUCUUCAACGAAGUGCGCUAUGUCAAAGAGCCUUACAUCCAGUCCCGAUUCUACCGGGCGCCAGAGAUAUUGCUGGGCCUGCCAUUCUGCGAGAAGGUGGACGUGUGGUCCUUGGGCUGUGUGAUGGCAGAGCUACACCUCGGCUGGCCACUCUACCCUGGGAACAAUGAGUAUGACCAAAUCCGGUACAUCUGUGAGACUCAAGGGAUGCCCAGGCCCACCCUCCUCAAUGCAGCAAGGAAAGCCCACCUCUUUUUCAAAAGGAGUCAGCACCCAGAGGUGGUGAAUUCCUGGCAGUUGAAAACCCCAGCAGAGUACCUGGCAGACACCAAGGUGAAGUCCGUGGAGAGGAGGAAAUACGUGCUCAAGUCCCUGGAUCAGAUGGAGGCAGUGAAUGUCCACAAGAUGAUCUACCCGGACACUGAGGCCCUGGCUGAAUACUUUGACCUCAGGAGCAUGGUGGAACUCAUCAAGAGGAUGCUGACCUGGGACUCCCAUGAGCGCAUCACCCCCAGUGCAGCCCUGAAGCACCCCUAUGUUUCCAUGCAGCCACUCAAGCAGAACUAUGACCUCACCCAGUAUUACCAGUUCUGCCUACGGAGCCUCCACGAGUCGCUGCCCAACCACAGCAAGGCCACAGAGGAAGACACACAGCUCUACAGUGCCAUGGAAGAGGAGCACUUUUACUCCGCUCAGGAGCCGUUCAAGGAGGAGACCGCGCACGGCAUCCAGAGGACCACCAGCCAAAUGGACGAUCUCAGCAUUGCUGAGGCAAGCCGGGAGGUGCCUCUGAAAGUGUGGGGCGAAGGGUCCAGUGGAGGGCUUUACGAGCCUCUCCCUGGGCCUGUAGAGGCGGCAGUGUCUGGUCGGCGCAAGCCCAUCCUCCAGAACCUCCGGUUGCGGCAGGAGCAGGGUCAGCAGGAGCCUAUCCCAGCCUACUACAGGAACCGGCACAGCAGUCCCAAGCACCGCAAGGCCUCCCACCAUGCUAAAUCCGACCCUACCUUUGAAAACCUGAUCCUGCUGGGGCAAUAUUCUCCUGAAGACACACCGGCUUGGGAGAAGGAAAGCAACACCAGCACGGCUUCUCUGCCAGAAUCCAACAUGAGGGAGGAUCCCAACUACCCAAAGGGCCUGCUGCUUUCGCCCACCACUCAGAGAGCGCAGACUGAGGUGUUUGAGCCAGCCACACAGCCGCCCGGGCCCAACUCCUGGCUGACUAAUGACAACUGGCUGGCAGAGCACGGCAUGGAAAGGGCCCCCCUCAAGGCAGUGCUGCAGGCUUCCCGGAACCGCCACCAGCUACAGCCUUACCUGCAACACAUUGCCAGCCACCACUGACCUGUGGGCCCUCCCCCAGGAAGAGGGCAGGCGCAGCGGAGAGGUUGCCCCACCUAGGAGCCCUUGAACAGAUUCCUUUGUAGCCAUUAAAUAUAUAGACUGUUCCUCGCUGCCAAAAGCUGCUUGCUUAAUAAAAGCCACCUUACUAUUACUGAGCUGUACAGAGCCCUGAUGGCAGUGCUAAGGGACCCAGCUGGAUGGGGCAAUAGAGCCAUGGGGGUCCCUCUGAUCCAGGGCAAAAGCUUGCUGCCCUGCUCAGGGGCAGAGCAUGCCACAGGCUGGCCAGCCUUAUUCCUCCAGUGAAGCAGGAUGCACCCAGUAGUA